GAUAUCUCGGUUCCAAAUCUCUCAAGAGACUGGCAUUUUUCACUGAGACCCAAGGAUAAUUCCAUCAUUGCGGUGUGUGUGCAUGGUGGGAGCUGUGUUUGGGCAAGUGUUAAAGUCAUGGUUUGGGGUGCAGUUCUUAGGUUGUUUGUGUACAUCAUUUGGUUGAAUGCUACAUGUUUAUAUACUUGGCCUUUUUACUGGGCAAUAUGUUAAAGUCAUGCUCAAAUUUGAAAAAACAGAGGUGCAGUUCUAUGAGGCUGAAAGGUGACUUCAGAUUUUGUGUACAUCAUUUGGUUGAAUGUUACAUGUUUAUAUACUUGGCCUAUUUUACUGUGUUUUGGUAUGACUAUAUAUGAUAAAAGUACUUGAAGUAUAGAAAAAAAUGAAUCUGAAACAAAACCAAAAUUGAACCACAACAUGCAAAAAAAUUAUAAAGGGGGGUAAGUAUCUAAAGAAACUGUGCUUCUGUGCUGGAAGAGGGGGUAUAACACAAUAAUUUGGUCUUAUGAAAUUUCUAUUCAUUCAUACCUAGUUUAAUUUGUUUCUCAGCUGCUCAGCCUUAAAUCCAGCAAAUAAGUCCUGGGCAUCAGUGUUUCAGUCAUUUGUCACUUCAAGGAAUGUUUUGGAUCAAAUCAUGUUCAGUUACUCGCCAUUUAAGACGUCAUGCCUUGCAGUUGAUUUAAUUAAAGAGAGGCAAUCUGUGAGAGUGGAGGCUUCACUUCGAGGUUGAUUGAAAUAAAUUAUCAUUUUUUAUUAUCUUCUGUAUCUCAGUAGUCUCUGAUCAGAUUACUUAGCCAUUAGAAUCCUGGUAUUGAUUCACAUGCAGCUUCUUACCAUUCCAAUAUGCUAUCUUGCAAACAGGUUAUGAGAACAAAGAGGCUUAUUAGCAAGAGGGUCUUGUCUUGAUUUAAGACCAAGUUCAUUGGGCUAAAUUAUGUGGCAGUAAAUUGUAUGACAGUUUAACCCUUUAACUCCCAUGAGUGACCAAGACAGAAUUUCUCCUUACAAUAUUAAUAUGAUAUCAGCCAGAUAAGUGAUGAGAAUAAAGAAAAGUAUCAAUUUGGAGAUAAUUAGUUGAUCCAAUACUAAAUUCUCUGAACUAACAUAAGAAUUGUAUGAUUGACAGUGAGGAGAAUUACAAAUUUGAUCUUGGAGUUAAAGGGUUAAGACCAAAUUCACUGGGCUAAAUUACUUGGCAGUAAAUUGUAUGACAGUUAAAUGGGAGAAUUGCUAACCCCUUGUUAAUUAUUCAUUCAAUUAGGUCCUUUUCUAAUUAUUAUUAAGCUGAACUCUGCAUUAACUCAACAUCCAGACACUUCAUCAAACUUUAAAUCAUAAUUUUUGAAUGUAAUUCUUGGUUUGAGUAUUGAGAAAUGAGGUUUAGAACCAAUAACUUAUUUCAAAAUCUAUAUAUCUUAUUAGACAUUUUGGUGUAUAGUAUUGCUGAGUAUUUUAACAAGAUGUGCAGCAUUUUUAGUGGCCCUCAAGGGCAAGUAAAAAAUACAAACAAAGAGUAAUGUUUUGUAUGUAUUAUCCAACUGCUUUAUUUGAUAUAAAUUUCUUAUAAGGGAGUAAGGGGGGGGGGGACUGCAAAGCAGAUAGAAAAGUGUAGCACAUGCAGGUGACAAACUUCAUACUAUCCUAUACUUCAUUCUGUGAAAUUGAUACCUGUAUGCAAAUGGUUUUUGUUCUUUCAGCUAUUGACUGGUAUUUCCCAGUAACUUUCCUGGCAGGGCUUGUGAUAUUUUACAACGCAGAAAGACUUAGUAGGUAUAUUAAUCCUCAAAACCCUUACAAUUUGCAGUGAUAGAGCAAUUUUCUCACAGAGUAAACUUAAUGUCAAAUUCCUUGGGAGACCUAACUGAUGUGCAUGUUACUACAGUAACUGUUGAAAUAUAUAUUGAUAAACAUAUUGCUAUUGGCAUUAUAGUCAUGUAUAUGUUUUGGUUUUAUCUUCACUAGGAAUGCUUUGUUUUUUUACUCGUCGGGAGUGUCGCUUGGUGUCAUUGCUUCCCUGUUGAUUUUGGUUUAUAUUCUGCACAGACUUGUCCCAGGGGUAAGAACCUAGUAGUUAUAACCUACAGUGAAGCUAACAUUAUUAUAAAGCGUGUGAUAGUUCCCUUCUCCAGGGGCUUUUUAAUGUUCAUGGCUUCCUGGAAGGGGUCCCUUCAAUAAAAACCUCUGAUAGUCAUUGAGAAUCAACAUGUGAAUCACAAGUUUUCUUCUGAACUAGCACCAGCUUUUAUUAAUAAAGUAUGCUUUUAGCUGGCUGAAAACCUGAAAGCUUGCGAUAUUUUUAUCACAGUGGUGAACAAACAUAAAACACAUGCCAAUCGAUAGUAUAGCAUAACCAUAACCAGUAUCAUCUUUUAAUCAAACUUUUGGGUCACUUGCAUUUUCCUGCCCUUCAAACUGUUUGCUUAUUUUUACUUCAUCUUCCUGUAAUCUUUUUACUUUUCUGUGAUUGGCUGUUGUGAUUACUCUGGUGUUGGUUUUACGACACUCAAUUGAAAUGAGCUCUGAAUAACUUUAAUGAUAGUUAAAUGAAUAAAGGGGGUAAGUUUCUUAGGAAACUGUGGUGCUGCAUCAGUGGGAGAGUAUAACAGGGUAAUUUAGUGUUAUCAACUGAGUUGAUAAUGUAAACUGGCCACCGUAAGGAGUUUAAAAGCUGAUGUUUUAAUCACUGUGAUGAAGGGCUAAUGCUCAGAACUUCAGGUUUUAAAUUCUUUACGGUGGUGAAUUUACGUUAUCAACUCAGUUGACAAUACUAAAUUACCCUUAAACCCUUUAACUCCUAAGAGUGAUUGGCAUCAAAUUUCUCCUUACCAUAUCACCCCUGAAUCAAACAUUUAGGUUAGGAGAAUAAAGGAAUUGAUCACCAACUGUAGAAGCUCUUGAUUGUAAGACAAAUUCCCCUUUUCAACACCAUAGGAAAUGUUUAGAGAACAGUAUGGAGAAUAUGCAUACUGAUGUAGAGGGUUAAUGAUAAUUAGCCUUUAAAGUGGGAGUAACAGGACGGAAUCCCGAAAGUCAGACUUCACUCAGUGUACUGUUUGUGGUUUUGUCAUUGUGAUGGGUUGUGUUUAUUGUAUCAUUUGCUCUGCAUAUAUAAAUAUAUAUAUAUAUAUAUACAUACAUCUAUAUACAUAUACACAUAUACAUAUAUAUAUAUAUACAUACAUACAUAUAUACAUAUAUAUAUAUAUAUAUAUAUAUAUAUAUACAAUAUAUAUAUAUAUAUACAUAUAUGGGGGAGAGAGAGAGAUAAAAAAAAUGCAGGAUGAUUCUCUGUUAAUAAAAAACGUUUCUCUGAGUUUAUAUAUAUAUAUAUAUAUAUAUAUAUAUUCUGUCUGACUGUCUGACUGUCUGUCUGAAACUCAGAGUAACAGAGAAUCGAUGCGUAUAUAUAUAUAUACAUAUAUAUACAUACAUAUAUAUAUACAUGUAUAUACACACAUAUAUAUAUAUAUAUAUAUAUAUAUAUAUAUAUAUAUAUAUAUAUAUAUUUAUAUAUUUAUAUUUAUAGAUGUCUCUUUAGAUAGUCGCAAAUUGAAUAUUCUUUCAUGAACCUUUUUUUUAUUUUUUUUCCCCAUCUCAUACAUGUAUGUCCAGAGAGGAAGUGCCUAUGCUAUCUUGUUAGGAGGUUGGAGUUUUGCUGCCUACCUUAUCCAAUUCACAUGUGGUCACUUGAAGGAGCUCAUGGUCAACCAAUAUCAGUGGGUCAUUGGAUAUCUUGUGGUAGUAGGUGGGUUUUUGGGGUCAAAGAUGGGUUCUCAAGCCCGUGGUUUACAUAUGAUAGUCUGGAUCGUUCCAAUCGCACCGAUCGUAGUGAUCUGGGUGAUCACCAGGCUAAGGAAAAACCUGAGUGCUAACCAGAUGAUUAUGGUUGACCUGCUCAUUCGGGUCGUUGAUAAUUCAGGGGAUCAUAUGAAACGCAUGCCUGGAUAAGUUCCGAUUUAUGUAGACUGCUAAGCUCCUGUGGGAGAAUGACUUGGUCUUGAAAGUCGCGGAAAUCGUUUGUACGCCUUUUAGAGAAUUUAUUUGACUUGGGCAGAAGUUGUUAAAAAGAUAAGAAAGUUUUCAAUUCUGCCUACAAGGCUGAUUCGUUCGACUGCUGAAGGUAAUCUGUGCUUUUUCAGUAUGGGCAUUGCUACUCUUCCUGAACUGAAUGCCGCCCAUUGAUGGUAACCUCCCCCCCCCCCUCCCCCUGUAACCUUCCCUUUAGCUUUUUUUUCAGUUACCCAUGAGAAUUUGCGGGUUUUUCAUAUAUACUCCUGUGUGCAAGCACUGUGCGAGUGGAGAAAAUUGUGCAAAAUACAACACAAUGACCUGGAGAGAACUUGAACCUGGUCCUUUUCUUACGAGGUCAUCCGCGCAAACAACUGUAGUACCUCGUCACCAGGCUCCUUUUGAUUAAGUAUUGCUCAUCUUAAGGUUGUCGAUCUGAAUUUCAAUGUUUUCUUAUUUCUUGGUUUGAGCUAACCUUUUUGUCGUGGUUAUCAUUUUUCAGGUACAAUCAGCUUCUGUGUUUGUUAUUAUCGCGGUCCCGUGACAAGUGACCGGGGAUUGGACCUUAUACGCUGGAUGUUGCAAUUCAUCGGACUGACACUACUAUAUAUGGGUACUCGGUCGGACGUGGUUUCUUUUGGACUGAUAACAGUGGUGUUGUUUUCACAUGUUAUUCGCAGUAGCGGUAUUCUCAUGAAGAUAUUUCCAAAAACUUGGUAGGUCUGCAAUGGGGUAGAAGUGAGAAACUUGUGUUUAACAGACACGUGAUUAAAUUUGCUUCGGUUUUGCGCUUUUUAGCUAUAAAAGGGUUAAUCGACCGACUGCUGAUUAGCAAAGACCAAGAUAUUAUAGUCACUAGCAAAGACAGAGGACAUAUUUCCUCUGUUGGGGAAGAAUUACCAGAUGGUGUUGUUGCUAAAUAGCUAAGCGCUCGCUGUCAGUUCUCACUUGGUUGAAAAGAUUUUGGAUAGAAAAAAAAAAGAAGUGCAGAGGCGAGAGGCCUCUAAGAUUGAUCCAAUUGAGGUAAUUUCAUUAAAAAAAAUUAAAGGAAAUAGACUUGCAUGUACAAGGUGAAAUGUAUGGAAAGCGGAUAAAAGAAAUCAAAGACGAACGUAAAUAGAAUUGUCCAUCAUGACCAGCCUAAAUAGGGUGUCUAGACUCGCCUCAGUCUGGAUGCCAUGGGAAGAUAUGUUGUUUCACUUUAUCGCUGGCAGCGUCCGUGGGCAACAUGAGGCGAAUCCUGCGAGUCCCUUUUUUAUUUGACAAAAUGUGAUGACACCAUGCCCAUGAGCCUAUAUUUAUGCUUGACCUUUGAUUUGAAUUUUAAGUUUUUUUCUGUAGGAUUUCCUACAGAGUUUAUUACUUCUUCUUUCCACCCAAACACAAGUUUCUAUCACUGGAGGAGUAUACCUUAGAAGGGGCGGAGGAAACAAGCAGAGCUUUAGAAGAUCUUCGAGAAUAUUGCAAGAGUCCUGAGUGUGAUACUUGGCGAGUGGUGAGUCGACUGAAGCAUCCAGCAAGGUAUGACGUGUACAGUUACUUACUAAGUGUGCUGAGGACAACACGAGGAUAAAAUAUGUGAUAUUGUAUAAUUCUUUUUGUCUGUUUGUCGAGUUGACUGUUUUUCUUUGUCUUUCUGUCUGUCUGUUGAGCUGUCCGUCUGUUCAUCGUAAGAAAGUCUUGAACCAUAGAUACUGCAUUUCAGCUUCAACAGCAACUAAACAUGUUAGCGUAUUUUAAAAAUCAUGAACGUCUAUGAUUGUCUCGUUCUUGUAAAUAGUUGAGGUAUAAUGGUUUGAUUUUCAAAGUUAUGGAUGGGAUUGUGCUCUAAAGUAUUUGUUUCUAUAAAGGUUUCCUUAUGUAAAAGGUAGGGGCGUAUGCGAAAAUGGCGAGAGUUUUCCAGUAUGGUUAUUGAUAAGUUUAGCUGCCUACUUUGCUAAGUCCAAAUUCACGGUGUUUCAACUCGAAGAAAGGAGGAAAAUACAUGAUUAUGGAGCUACGUUUGUUCCUUUGCAUUAGUUUGUGUUGCGAUUGAAUGUCGUAAAAAAAGUACAGUCUAGAUAAUCACAAUAGCCAGUUGAAUCAACGAGAAUAUUGCGAGGAUCCAAUGAAAAUUUAAGCAUGGGGAAGUGCGCGUUUCAGUUGUGCAUCUGACUGGUUGAGAGAGUAAUGCGAUGUUUAUAGGCCAGUGUGUCACAGAGGGUUGUGGAGCAAAAGCGAUGCUAGUACGGUUUACUGUAUUUUCUACACUCUCCUAAAAUUGCUGUUAGGUAAUGAAAGCUGGAUCAAGAAAUGGUUGACCGCCCAUGAAGCACUCGCCAUUUUAGUAUAUCCUACCUUAGUGGGUCAGCUUCUCUCGAAAGAGUUUUCAUCAAAUCCUUACUGUCGAAUGUCGAAAAGUGACUUCGUAGAAAGAACACAGAAACUAUUAACUUGCGUUAUCGUCGGCAAGGUCGACUGUUCGAUUACGGAUUUUAAAAUGCGAUAAUGCUAAAAUUUAAACUGGGAUAUCGAUGGCAAAAAUCACUGUCUCCGUGGGUCAGGCUAAUUGCCUCAAUAUGACCACUGUUUGGAAAUCCACGUUGACAACUCGCACGUCAUGUUUUAGAUUUGCUUCAUUCGUGGCAAGCGGACAGCAUUUUCUAGAAGAAGAAGUCAAGAAAUACGAGGAUGAUCCAUCGGCAUGGAUGACGUCAGAAAGUGAUGGAAGUGACGGAGAACCUGAUGACCGUAUUGAUUAACGCUCGUAACCGUUCAACGCCAAGAAGCAGCAACAGACCUCCACGUCCUGGACUCAUUUUCCAUAAGCGGACGGUGUCAAUGAGUCAUCGUCUGCGCAAGGUCCUUUUGGCACUACAGCUGGCAUGCAAUUGCCAAUUUGGAGGUACCCGGUCUGUGCGGAGACUGUGAACUUUUGUGGUUAACUACUGUAGGGGAUUGUAUGUACGUUGCUGGCUCCUCUCAAUUGUACACUGUGUGUCAAUGGACGUGCAAGAAUCGUGGCACCCUGUGGGGUUAAGACGGAAGGAAAGGACUGGGAAAAGUCAUCCCUUAGUUAUGAGACAAAUGAUUUUUAAACGUUGCCAAACAAAACGAACUUUUUUGACGUUUUUUAAUGAAAUAAUUCACAAAAUUUUACUGAGUUCAAGCUGGUCUUGAUCACCAAGUGUGCAUAGUUAACACGUUGUUUUAUUUUAUACUUCCACUUUCCUCGUAUUCGUCGCUCGGAUUUUGGCAUGUAUAGUACAUUCAGAGCAAUGUUUGAUGGGUACAAGAUUGGUGAAAGUCUUACAGAGUCAGGUUUUGGUUAGAGGAAGGAGGAGUGUCUGUACUUUUCAAGAUAAGUCGAACUCGCACAAAAUGCAUUAGCCAUGGAUUGCUAAAAUCGGGAAUCAAUUUUACCCAGAAAUGGAAACAAAUCUACCCACCCAUCUCUUGGAAAUCUGCUUUUCAUUUUGAAAUGUAUUUUGCGUUUGCUUUUUCCUUAUGAUCACUUCCAAGGAUUAUUAGUUACCAAAAUUCAGUUCAGUAAACAAAUGCCUAAACAUAGAAGCGCCAAACUUCAUCCAACAAUUCUCACAUCACCCACCCUAGUCAGGUUGAUUUUAAUUUCUUGUGUGAGCGUCUUUUUAUUAAUAAAGUUAACUUACACCUACAAGCUUUUUCGUCUCAGAUUGAUUGGUAAAAGCUUGAGAGAGUGUUUUAACCAAAUCGUUUUGCCCGUUCAAGAGACCGUGAAUUGGCUCUAAAACGGGAAAAGAGAGCCACAAUGUCGCGAAUGGUUUUAUUUGUGCAGGUGAUCAAUUGAGAGAGCGACGCGAUUUUUUUUACUAAUAACCCCGCCGAAUUACUCUAAACACUUUGUUCCCUUAUUAAAAGUUUCAGCCAAAAUGCAGGUGCUAACAUGAGGGAGGGAGCUUGUUUGCCGUUUUUUCUGUUUUUUUUUUCUGCGCAAAGAAAUAAUUAACUAUUGCGCAACUAAGUCUUGUAAUCUCCUUUCCAACCAUCGUUGGGGAUUGUAUGUACGUUGCUGGCUCACCACACAGAUCUCCUCCAUCAAUAUAGAAAAAGUACUGCAUUCCUUAAGUCUCAAAAUCAGAAUUGUGAAAGUUUGGAAAAUGUUCUCUGGAUAUUGCAUACCGUUCUAGCCUGAUUCGCUCUUUGUUGACGUACGUGUAUACUUGGAGAGCAUUGAAUUCUUUGUUUGCUAUAGAUGUUGACCUCUACUACACUACUGAUGAGGCUAUUUUAACUUUUAGCGUAGUCGAUGAAAGUUUUGAAUUUUAAGUUUUGCUUCAUGUAGAGUGUCAAAGUGGAUUUCCUUCAGACGUUAGCUUACCUUUCUCUCCUAAAGCGCCUGUUCUCUUCUCUGCGAAUUAGUUUUGAGAACUUGGUGGUAAAGAUGAUGUCCUAUUGUUGACAGUUUGGUCUAUUUUCAUCGCCAGCUUUUUUACUAAUGCGUAGAUGCUUCUAGGAUUAGUUGCAUGUAAAUCAACACAGGGAGUUGAAUUCUUUAAGAUAAAGGGAAUGCGUAAUACUGAAUUUUCGACUGGUCUUUACCGUUGAAAUCCGAGAAGAGAUUCCAUUGUGAACCUCGCGAAACAGCAAAUGAGAUUUUUAACGUGAAACAAGUUAUAGGGCAAUGAUAUUUGCCAAAGGAAGAUCUAACAUCCAGUGAUGGCCGAAGUUGGUAGUUAUCUUACUCGUCUGUUUUACUGUGAACUGAGCAAAGCAUUUUACAUUUCUGUGUGGAAAUGUUACGUCGUCCAUUAUGUGCAGAUGUUGACCAACUCCUACACCCUUCAUCAGUAGCACAAAUGAGACUUAGGACGAAAGGACUAGUAGUAAGCGUUUCCACUUAAACAGCUCCCAUAAUAUUGAAGCAAUGUGAUUAUUACCACAGUGUGCGAGUUUUCGCAACAUUAACACAUUUUCGUUCCACUCUGAUUGACCCAUUGUCUUUGAUCGGCGCUGGUGAUUGUUGAAUGACGCAUAGCCUUAAAAAUCUUCAGUUUAGAGACGGUCUAAUAACUACACUACAUCAUAGCUUUGGAUUUUGAACGCUUCAUUAAGAAACACUUGAACCUGAAAGUCGGAUCAGCUGUAGCAAGGAUACAUUCUUAUUCUUUUGGUAUAGCUGCGAAUUAAACAGUUCAUACUUUUUACCUUUUUCUGCUGAAUGCCUGCUGUUUACUCAUCUUUCGCUGAUUCAGCCUUGACAAGAGUAAAAAUCGAGUAAAAGGAACACGAGCAGUCAUUAGAAUGUGUGAAAUUGUUUACUUGGGUCACCUGCUACUGGUGUUUAGUCAAACAUCAUGACAGAUCUCCGGGCAGGGAGCGAUUAAGGAAACUUUUUUUGCAAGGGAUUUUGCACUUGUUUAUUAUCGUGUUUGUUGAUCUCGUACCUUCAUCAGCUGUCAUUUUGUCAACGAGAUCACUUAAGAUAUAAACAGCUUAUUAAGUAGCAUUGUUGCCCAAGAGAUACAAAAGGAGAUUGACAUUAGUAAUUUAAUUAAUCUCACUGCUUUUUGGUAAUUCGUAGCUUAUAACAUAAUUAAUACUCUCAGGUACUCCAUUUAAGGCUCUUGGCUUAUUUUAAAAGUAACGUUGUAAUGAAAAUAAUUUUUAUUUUCUGGUAAUGUAAAGCUCAAAUCAGAUGGGUAUCCAUUUGAAAUCCGCAUCAUGGCUCACUAAGCUCUGAAACACCAGCGAUAUCACUCAUCGUUUAUGCAUUUCAACAUUUUGAAAGCCAUUGACACAGCACCAGCAACUUUAAAACCAAAAUAAACUUUUGAAGAAGCAUCAAAACGAACAAAAAGUGUAAUGAACAGACAAAAAUGCUCGUAUAUCAUGGUUGUUAGGUCUUUAAAAGAACAUAUUCACUCGUGUGUACUCGGGUCAACCCUAGCUGCGUUCGAAGUUUAAGUUAGUUUGACUGACCCUCUUAUUUUAAAACAAUCAGGCACCAGUCGGAUAUUUGCUUUAAAGUUUUGGUAACACUGGUUUUGACACUGGUCAAUAACGCUGUUAUAUUACCGGUAUAUUUUUAUAAGAAGCAAGAACCGAGGCAAGAUUCCUAUGAAGCGAAGCGUGAACACAAUGGCUGCCACGAUCCCCGCAUUGGACAAUAGAGUUACCAUGAAUUAUUUACCGGUGCCUCUCAUAAAACUCCUUGACGAACAAUAGCGGCCGCAUAUAGCGGAAACGUUUCGACUGUCAAGGUGAGGGGAAGUUUUAAGUGUUUGAUAGCCUACCUUUUGUGGUAUUGACCCAUUAGAGAUAACUUUUGGUGUUGACUAUUCAGGCAAAAUAUCCAAAGUAUAAUGCUGGCAUUUGUUCUCUUUCAGGCUUAGCCAUGGAUUAUAGGCUGGUCUUUUGUUCCCUUUUAUUUGUCAUCGUCUCAGUGUCUGCCAAGGCAACACGUCGAGGAAGUAAGUUGGAACUCUUAACCUAUGGGAAUAAAUAAUUGAGCUAUUAGGGCAUACUUAUCUCCUAAUAGCAGUUUUAAAGAAAAGUUUCGUUUACCAGGGAACAUUUGACGUUCAUAGGAAGCAACCCUUGAUCAAACAAUUGUUUUGAUAGGAUGGAAAAAUCUUUUUUUUUAGAAAAUUGAGUGGCAACUUUCGUGAUGACUUUGAUCAUGAUUGAAGGCCACGAAAGGACAUAGUUUGAAGAUUAGUUUAUUUCUUUCGAAUUUUAAGUCAAUCUCCGUUGUAAAGAAAUUAAUUUGAGAGUAAAAAGUAAAGAUACGUACUUGUAAGCUUCUCUUGGUCAAGAAGUAAUUUUAUCAGAUUGCAAAAUUCUAAAAGAACAAUACUUGUCACUCUCCAUGACUCACAGUGUCAAGAAAGAAAGCAACUAGAAUAAUUAUUACGAAUAUGUUCAUUCAGCUGGCCUCAAAUUUCAGGUAGCAUUUCUUGAAACAACAAUUAAAAUUCAUGACUUGAACUUUUUGAUGGUAGGAAUAACAAUUGAUGAUAUGUUGGGAAACUACAUUUUUAUUUGAUAUGUGUUGAAAUUUGACCGUCAAAAUUUAAAGCUUUUUUUUAGGCUUUUACAUUUCAUAAUGAUUUUCCAAAUUCGAGGUGUCUUCAGUUUAUUUUGAUCUCCGUACGUAAUGAAAUAUUUAUUGCAAAAAGCUGAUCCGAAAAUCUUAAAGUCCAAUCCAUCCUGUUGUUCCGGUGUUUAAAUUUUGGUUUUAACUAAGCUGCCAAUUAAAAAGAACGAACAGAAUCUCUCUUCUUCCACAAUUUUAUCGUAUUUUUUUCGGUUCGCCUUGAUGCUAGUUUAAUUUUCAAAAAAGUCUUGUACAUAUUUAUUUCCUUGUCAAAAUGCUCUUUAGAAAUAUAUUGCUCGGAAUAAAAAUCUAGUCCAAUAAUUUUUUUUUAUCUUAGAGUUCAUCAAGCUAGAAAUCAAACAAUUUUUCUAUUUCGCAGUUCUAUCAAAAUAAACCUGUUUCGAGUUAUUAACAAUUCAUGCUGUGUUGAGAAGUGCUCUCCCAUCCGUUACGCGGGUAGCUCCAUAUUCCACAUCGAAGCUAAGACCUCCUUUUUUUUUCAUGAAUCUAUAUCUUUCCUUUGAGACAAAAAUUGACAUAGGAAGGAAAAAAUGAGUCAUGUUUCUUUGACCAGCUCAGAAUUUUGCGGUAUAAUUUUUAAGAUGGUUGUGAAUUUAUCUUCCGUAACCAGUAUCACUGCCGUAUCUCAUCGCAGGGGUUCUCACUACAACAUCCUGUUCCAGUUGAUUUUUUAAAUAUCUCUUGGCACCUGUUAUUCUGACAAGUAUCAAAAUUCCUUGGAUCUUAAGUCCCAUUAGAGUGCAGGGAAACUUUAUGGCCCUACGGCCCUGGCAAAUUUUAAUUCUUAUCACUUUUCAUUCGAACACCAGUUUAACUAAAUUAAGUCAUCGAUUGUGAUAUAGUCUGUUAUCAUAGAAAUUAUAAUUUCCUGCGAGGUACCCUUUCAUGUAUCUACGGAUUUCUAAUUUUUGAAAGUUCACAAAGGUAAAAGCUUCGUGCCCUCCGAGAUAACUAUAGAACUUAUCAUUAAUCUUACUGAACCACUGAGAUCUUGAUGAGAAUUCGUAACAGCUUAUCAUCUGCUCUUUUCACUCGUAGGUAUAUUCAAAAGAAGUCCUAACCCAUGUCCUCCUGGUUGUCCGGGAUCAUGCGCCCCGUCAUGCACUGCGGUAUGUUGUGCACCUCCACCCCCACCCCCACUUCCACCUCUUCCACCACCACCACCUCCCCCACCACCACCACCACCCGGUCCCCCUGGCCCUGAUGGUCCAAUGGGAAUGGCAGGACCACCUGGCCCCGAUGGCCCUAAAGGACCCCCAGGACCUCCAGGACUUCCAGGACCACCUGGUCUCCCAGGUCUUCCAGGUGCCCCAGCUGGUCCUCCAGGACGUGACGGCCCCAUGGGACCUCCAGGGCCUUCUGGACAUCAAGUACGUUUGCCGCCGUGUGAUAUUACUUGAUAUGUGUCUAUGUGUGGUGCUGCACGAUACGUUGUGACCGUGGUCAAAAACGUUUUACAUUAUGGAACCUAAAAGACCCCUCUGAAGCCCUAGAAAUAGCUUUUUAAAACAACUUUCUUUCAUUCAACUGUUGUUUCUCUGUUCAGCCAUAGAUUUAACAUAGUGGCAAACAUUGCAGUUUUCCCUUCCAAUGACGCAUUUUGUCGCGUAUGGUCCUCUUCCAGAAACACUUGAUGAUAGUAACGAGCUUGUGUCGAUCGCUCACUUUAUGUGUUUUCUCUUCUACAGGGACCACCCGGUGAUCUGGGCCCCAUGGGACCUCCAGGAGCCCCAGGCCUGCCCGGACCUCCAGCUCCACCUGGUGGUAUGCCUCCUUGUCCACCUGUCUGCGUCCAUACUUGUAUCAAGGCUUGUGCCCCGCAAUGUUGCCACGGCCGAAAGAAGAGAUCUCACCUCCUGGAAUAG